GAGAAGAAGCCAAGCUGCUGCGCUCGUGUGAUCUAUUGUGCUACGAUAAGGCGCGAAGAUGUCGUUCGCGGAAAUUAAGGAAGCGGACCUCCAUCCCCGGAAAUUAGAGCCAGUUCUACCCGGGGAUGAGAUUGUGAUCAGUGGUAUUGCCGGACGAUUUCCGGAAUCUGAUAGCGUUAAACAUUUACAAGAGAAUCUUAUGAACAAAAGAGAUCUUAUUACCGGCGACGAUCGGAGAUGGAAAUUAGAGCAUCCGGACAUACCAAAACGCACCGGAAAAAUCAGCAAUAUCGAAAAAUUUGAUGCCCUUUUUUUCGGCGUGCAUUUCAAGCAAGCUCAUACGAUGGAUCCGGUCUGUCGUAUGAUUCUCGAACACGCUUUCGAAGCAAUACUCGACGCUGGCGUCAAUCCAAAGCAACUCCGUGGUACCAGAACAGGUGUAUUCGUUGGUGCGAGUUUCUCCGAAUCUGAGAAAACGUGGUUCUAUGAAAAAUUAACGGCAAACGGUUUUGGUAUCAGCGGAUGUUCUCGCGCGAUGUUGGCGAAUCGUAUUUCCUACUAUUUGGGUGUAACUGGACCAAGUUACGCAGUCGACACUGCUUGCAGUUCGAGUCUCUAUGCCUUGGAACACGGCUACAGAGCGAUACGAGACGGUCACUGCGACGCUGCUAUCGUCGGAGGUGGAAAUCUUUGUCUUCAUCCUUAUGUAUCAAUGCAGUUUUAUAAAUUAGGCGUGACGUCGAUGGAUGGUCGCUGCAAAGCUUUCGACGAGAGGGCAGACGGUUAUGUGCGCAGCGAAGCAGUUUGCGUAGUAUUUUUGCAAAAAGCUAAAGACGCUAAACGUAUCUAUGCAACGAUGGUUCACGGAAAAUUGAAUUGCGACGGAUUCAAAGAAGAAGGCGUAACGUUUCCCUCGAGUUACAUGCAAAGCGUCCUGAUGAAGGAAUUUUACAUGGAGAUUGGAUUACCACCAACAAUCGUCAAUUACGUGGAAGCUCAUGGCACUGGCACUCGAGUCGGUGACCGCGAGGAACUUAAUGCCAUCGACGCAGUUUUCUGUCCAGGUCGUACGACUCCGCUAAGAAUCGGUUCCGGAAAGUCAAAUUAUGGACACGCGGAACCUGCCAGUGGAAUCUGCUCCGUUGCAAAAGCUUUGAUAGCAAUUGAAUCCAAAGUGAUACCACCGAAUCUACAUUACAUAAGUCCACGAGAGGGUGCAAUAGGAUUAGAACAAGGACGACUCACUGUCGUAACGGAACCAACACCAUUAGACAGCGAAUACGUUGGCGUUAAUUCUUUUGGAUUUGGAGGUGCUAAUGCUCAUGUACUUCUCAAGGCUCAUCCAAAGGAGAAGGUCAAUAAUGGUAUUCCAUCUGAUGAUCUACCGCGAUUGGUAACUAUAUCUGGGAGAACAGAAGAAGCUGUGACGACAAUGAUCGAUGAUCUCAAUAGCAGACCGGUAGACGUCGAACACGUUGCACUAUUGCACAAUAUCCAUUCAGACAACAUAAGUGGUCACCUGUGUCGUGGUUACACGAUUUUACCAACACGAGGUACUGCCGAGACACUCACGAAGGAAAUACAAUCAUUCUCGGGAACGAAAAGACCAGUUUGGUUCGUCUUUGCUGGCAUGGGUUCACAAUGGCCUGCGAUGGGGGAAGCCCUAUUGCGCAUACCAUCAUUUGCUGAAUCCAUCAGAAAAAGCGACGCCGUUCUUAAACGUCAUGGAUUUGAUCUUUACAGCGUCAUCACCAGUAAGGACAAAGCCGUAGUUGAAGAUAUUGUCAAUGCGUUUGCUGGAAUUGCUGCGAUUCAAAUAGCUUUAGUCGAUGUCCUUAAAUUAUUGGGAAUCGAGCCAGACAACAUUAUCGGUCACUCCCUCGGUGAAUUAGCGAGUUCCUACGCGGACGGCAGUUUAACAGCUGAGCAAACGAUUCUGUCAGCGUACUUCCGUGGUCGGGCGUCCGCCGAGACAGAAUUGAUACCAGGCGCAAUGGCUGCAGUUGGUCUUGGUUACAAACAAAUUAAACACAUGUGUCCUCCUGAUAUCGAAGUCGCUUGUCAUAACUCCGCUGAGAGUGUAACCAUCAGUGGGCCUAUCAAGUCAAUGGAGAAGUUCGUAGCUGAAUUACAGUCGAAGAACAUAUUUGCACGAGAAGUAAAGAGCAGCAAUGUCGCUUACCACAGUCGUUAUAUUGCUGCAAUGGGACCAAGAUUACUCACUUACAUGAAACAAAUUAUUCCACAUCCAAAACCACGUAGUAGCAAAUGGAUAAGUACAUCCGUACCACAGGAUAAAUGGAAUAGCGAUAUAGGUCGUUACUCAUCUGCUGAGUAUCAUACCAACAACGUACUCAAUCCUGUGUUACUCGAAGAAGGUUCAGCAUUUAUACCAAAAGACGCUCUAACUAUUGAAAUUGCACCACAUGGUCUUUUACAAGCGAUCUUGAAGAGAGCACUACCAUCAAGUGUUACUAACAUUGCUUUAACGCAACGCGGUCACAAAGAUAACGUGGAAUUUAUCUUGCAAGCUCUUGGCAAGAUGUUUAACGCUGGUCUACAUCCUCAAUUAGCCAAACUUUAUCCAUCUGUACAAUUCCCUGUGAGUCGAGGAACCCAAAUGAUAUCUCAUCUCAUCAAGUGGGAACAUUCCGACGACUGGUACGUUACUUCAUACGAAUCGCAGCAGAAAGUUGCAUCUGGAGAACGCAUGGUAAAAGUGAAUCUAACCGACUCUGAGUACGAGCAUCUUUCUGGUCACGUUGUUGAUGGACGUGUUCUUUAUCCAGCUACUGGAUAUAUAACGCUCGUAUGGGAAACUGUUGGUAUGAUGCGUGGUGAGCUGUUCACUGAUGUAUCGGUUGUUUUCGAAGAUGUUAAAUUCUUGAGAGCUACAACUUUCCCUAAAGACGGUGCAGUGGAGCUCACUGUAGUUGUACAAAAAGGAACCGGCAGGUUUGAAAUCGUCGAAGGUGACACGGCCGUAGUAACCGGUUUGGUACGAGCUUGUUCAAAUCCUAACGCGGAAAAAAUGAAUCUCCCUUUACCAGAAAACAACGAAGAAGAGUCAAUGUCCACCCGCGACGUCUACAAAGAAUUAAGACUUCGUGGAUAUCAUUACAACGGUCUUUUCAGAAGCGUUAAAAGUUCAACGACCGAUGGUUUGAAAGGUCAUAUCAUGUGGCGAAAUGACUGGAUAUCAUUUAUGGAUAAUAUGUUGCAGAUGCAUAUCCUUCACGUUGAUACUCGUGGUCUUUUCGUUCCUACGAAUAUUAAGAAAAUUGUAAUCGAUACAAAAGCUCAUUUAAGUCAUUUUAAACCUGGCGAGACGGAUAAAGAUUUCCUAGUCUUUGUCGAUAAACUUUUCAACGUUAUUACUUGCGGAGGUGUUGAGAUUCGUGGUUUGAAAGCCAGUGCCAUUGCAAGAAGGAAACCAGCUGGAGAACCAGUACUCGAGGAGUAUAAAUUCGUUCCACAUCUCGAUAGAGCAAUUGUUGGGCUACGGGAAAUAGCUCGGCUUGUAACUAAUCUUGCUCUUGAAAAUCAAAUGGGCAUCAAAGUUAAGACCCUUGAAUUGUUAGAAGAUUCUGAUAAUAUUCCGUUUGAAAAAUUGUUGUCGCCAUUAUUUGCUGAAUCACUUGGUGAUAUACCAUUGAUUCAAGUAGAUGCUAGUAUUGUUAGCAGUAAAUUAAAUUUAGAAGGUCUAUCUUUACCAUCUAAUGUAUCGAUCUUGGAUCCGAAAAAAGUCACCAAAGAUACAAGUGCACUUAUUGCUGUUGGUCACAGAUUGUUGUCUGCUGAUCGUAACAAUAAUCUGAACUUAUUACUUCAAGGAUUAAAGGAUGGUGGAUUUUUGUUGUCUCGAGAAAACAAAAACGAUCUAAACAAUGUAGAAACAGCAGCACGUGAGAGAGGAUUGCACAUUAUAAUGGAAAAGAAAUAUGAAAAUGAAGAAUUAAUUUUGUUUAAGAAGUUUGAGAAAGUAUCAGAUACAAUUUCAGUUAUUUACGUGGAUAAUGAGAAGUUCGAUUGGGUUGAGAAAAUGCGACAAGUCUUGUCGAAAGAACUGGAGAAAAAAAGCGGCACACCUUCCAGAGUUCUUUUUGUUGCUGAAGGAGAUUUUGAAAAUGGGUUGAUGGGAUUCAUUAAUUGUUUGAGAAAAGAACCAGGUGGUGAAAUAGUGCGAGGUUUCUUGAUUCAAGAUCUAAAAGCACCGAAAUUUUCUCUGUCGGAUACAUUUUAUACCAAACAAUUGCAGAAAGAUUUGGUAGUUAAUGUUCUCCGUGAAAACGGAGUAUGGGGUACAUAUAGACAUUUACCUUUACCACCACUUGAGCCAAAAUCCGUCAGACACGGUUUGGUCAAACAACAAGUACGUGGUGACUUGAGUUCAUUGACGUGGAUGGAAGGUCCAAUUCAAUUAGGACAAAAUCACAAUGAACUCGUACACAUUGUUUACUCAUCCAUAAACUUCAAGGAUAUUAUGUUAGCAACCGGUAAACUUGCUGCCGAGGUUGUCACUGCAACCAGACAAGCUCAAGACUGUGUACUUGGUUUCGAAUAUAGUGGUAUCCACCAAUCUGGCAAGCGAAUCAUGGGUCUGAUAGAAAGUCGCGCCAUGACGAAUCUUUGCAUUGCCGAUCCUAAUUUGGCAUGGGAGAUACCAAACAAUUGGACCUUGGAAGAUGCAGCAACUGUACCUUGCGUUUACGCAACUUGCUAUUAUGCUUUCUAUAAAUACGGCAAAAUGAAGAAAGGUGAUAAAAUUCUAAUUCACGCUGGAACGGGAGGCGUUGGCCAAGCUGCCAUAAACCUCGCUUUGUUCGAAGGUUGCGAAGUAUUCACUACCGUUGGUACUCCGGAAAAACGUCAAUUCAUUCGCGAAAAUUUCCCACAAAUUCGUGAUGAUCACAUUGGAAACUCGCGUGACACGAGCUUUGAACGUAUGAUUAUGAAACAAACAAAUGGUAAAGGCGUUGAUAUUGUUCUUAAUAGUCUUGCCGAGGAGAAACUGUUAGUGUCUGUUAGGUGUUUGGCAUGGGGUGGUAGAUUCUUGGAAAUUGGCAAAUUCGAUCUUUCAUCCGACAAUCCAUUAGGUAUGGAAUGCUUCCUACGUGGAAUAAGCUUCAACGGUAUUAUGGUCGAUCAUGUGAUUACUGCCGACAACGAAGAAAAAGCCGAAUUAUCAAAGAUGGUUGCUAAAGGACUUAAGAAUGGAGCAGUAAAGCCAUUCGUAAGGACAGUAUUCCCAAAAGAUCAAGUUGAAGCUGCAUUUCGAUUCAUGGCAUCUGGUAAACACAUCGGCAAAGUACUCAUCAAAGUUCGCAAUGAAAACGAGCCACUAAACAGUUUGAUGAUGGCUACGCCACGUUACCAUUGCAUGGAUAAUCGCAGUUAUAUAAUCCUUGGAGGUCUUGGUGGUUUCGGUCUUGAAUUAGCUGAUUGGUUGGUUCUUCGUGGCGCGAAAAAUCUGGUAAUAACCUCACGAACUGGAUUGAAAAAUGGCUAUCAAAAGAUGCGCGUUAGAUUGUGGAAAGAUUACGGUGUUAGAGUUGUUGUGAUUUCCGGUAAAGAUGCAUCAAAACGCGAAGAUUGCCAAUCUAUUCUUGAAACUGCAAUAAAGUUAGCUCCUGUCGACGGUAUAUUCAACUUGGCUGUAGUACUGAAAGAUGCCUUUUGGGACAAUCAAACUCGAGAAACGUUCGAGGAAUCAUUCAAGACCAAAGCUUGGGCUACGAAGCACUUAGACGUUUUGACGAGGAAAAUGUGCCCAACAUUAAGGCAUUUCAUUGUAUUCUCAUCUGUUGCUUGUGGUAGAGGCAACGCCGGUCAAACUAAUUACGGAAUGGCAAAUUCGGUGAUGGAGCGAAUUUGCGAAAGACGAGUAGCAGAAGACUUACCAGCAUUGGCAGUUGAAUGGGGUGCUAUUGGCGACGUUGGUCUUGUUGCAGAGAUGCACGAGGAUCACAAAGAACUGGUUAUCGGUGGUACAUUACAACAAAGGAUAACAUCAUGUCUAUACGAACUCGAUGGAUUUAUGCAGCAAUCGCGUCCAAUUGUGUCGAGCAUGGUUGUCGCUGAAAAACGAGCUGGAAAUGCUGAUUCUACUAAUGUCGUCGAUAUGGUUCUGAAUAUCAUGGGCCUGAAAGAUUUGAAGGGAGUAAGUCCUACGACGUCGUUGGCCGAAUUGGGUAUGGACUCAAUGAUGUCCGUGGAAAUAAAACAAACUCUCGAACGAGAAUUUGAAAUAUUCCUUACCGCCCAAGACAUUCGCGGGCUCAAUUUUAAUGUACUCAAGGAAUUAUCAGAAAAGGACGCUGGAGGUGCCAAAAAAAUUCAAGAAAUUAGCUUAUUAGCAAACACUGACGUCGUUCAUGGACUGGGACUUUUGGUUCGCGUCGUCGGCAAGAAAGAUCUUAGCCAUGAAACGUGUUUUAAGUUACAAUCAAAAAACGAAGCCGACAAGGAAGAAAUAUACCUUCUACCUGGUAUAGAAGGUAUGGGUAGUAUUUUCGCGAACAUUGCUCAGCGUAUUAAGGCACCCGCUUCGUGUCUGCAAUUCAACGUCAAGAGUAAUAGCCGAACCAUCUUUGAUAUGGCUGAUGAACUUUUACCACAUGUACUAAAAAGAAAUAAAAAACGUCGUCAUUAUACUAUAGUUGGUUACUCUUACGGCGCCGUAGUUGCGAUCGAGUUGGUAAGAAAAUUAGAAGUGGCGGGUAAAGAGGUUCGAUUAAUUCUUAUCGAUGGCGCUCCCGAGCUUUUGAAAAAUAUCAUAAGUCAGAAUUUCUCAUCGGAAACCGAAGAGGGUUUACAAAAUGAUGUUUUGCUGGGCAUAGUGAAUAUGUUGGUUCCUCACAGUACACCAGAGGUGGCAGCCGAGUUGCAAAAGUCUUCAAAGUGGGAAGAUAAAUUACACGCCAUGAUUUCACGUUUACCUUUCUCAAAAGAGGAUACCUUAUCAUUUGACGAGCAAAAAGCAGUGACCACGGCUAUUUACAAUAGACUCUUAGCUGCGCAAAAACAUGAUAUAUCACAACUACCACGUAUAAGGGCGCCAAUUGUUUUGCUGAAGCCAAUCGCGCCGACUGUACGUAUGUCGGAAGAGGAUUAUGGUCUUUCUAAAGUAACGAGUAGUAAAGUUGAAGUACACAAGAUUGAAGGCAAUCAUAUAACUAUGUUGGACAAUGAAAAAGUUGCUGCAGUAAUAAAUGGAGAUAAUGUCGAAGAUGUUUCUAAAUUUAGAAAAGAAAUAAUGGUAUAAAAAUAUGUACGAUUACACUUUUUUUUUAUUUCAUAAGUAUCUUUAUGAAAACCUGAAAAAACUUUAUAGAAAAAAAUAAAUGAAUGCUUUUCGUGUAUCCUGAUAUUUUUUUCAUCCGACAUAUUUUUUCACAACUACAUGUAGAUAGGUAAAUUAGAUAUUUUAGUGUAAAGAGUUUUUUGUAAAUUGUAAGAGUAUAAAAUGUUAAUGUCAAAUAAAAUCAGUUUAUAUA